AUGUCAACUGUCGGGCACACGCAGCAAGUAGGCGAUGUCGAUACAGCAGCAAAAUUAGAGAAAGUGAAAACCAUGAACAUUGGAAGAGUAAUCGCAGUAUACUGUAGCACACCGUGGCGAUCGGUCUACGUUGCUGCUCUAUGUUCAUUCGUGCAAGCUAUACAAUACGGUUUGUUCUUCUCCUCCCUAUGGCCUUAUCUCAAAAGUCUUGAUCCAACAGUCAGCGAGACUUUCUUUGGCUACAUCGUUGCCAUAUACAGUCUUGGUCAAUGCAUCGCAUCUCCAGUGUUUGGAUACUGGAGCAACCGUAUCAAGCAGGUGCGUGCACCGACGAUUUUUGGGUUUAACAUGAUGCUGUUCGGAAAUCUCAUAUAUUUAUUUAUGGAUUUUCUACCUCACGGCUAUGGCUACACAAUGGCCAUCUCCAGGGCCUUAGUAGGGAUAGGUUCAAUGAGCGAAUAG